GGCCCGGCCGGAAAGCCGCUACGGUUCGUGUGUCGUUUAAACCGGCAUUGGCAGGAACACUUCUUACUGAGACUGCUUAAUUCAAACACUUUUGAAGCAACUGAUUUUCAGGAUAAAACCGGUAACAUUCCUAGAAGACUCCUUUCUGCUGGAAGACCUGCUGCAGGAGGCACGAGGGCUCUGACUGUAGCAGAAACCUCAGUAGCUGGGACACGUUUACUUCGAUCUGAGAAUCUGCCCCAAUAAGCUUGCUCUGAGCCGAUGCUGAGCUGCUCCUGAAUCUCAGAAUUUCAGCACGGCUUGACCUUCUGAGCCUGGCUAGUGUCAAUGAUGGCAAGAUUCCUACGUGCUGUACUGCAUACCCUGUGGAUCCUUUUGUUUUCGUAUGCAACAAGCAAAGCUACAGGACACAUACAAGAAUUUGGAUGCUUUAGUGACUUUGCAAAAGAGCUCGUUUGUGACUGGAAGGUGCCUGCACAGACAAACUGCUCCGAAGAAUACCUGCUCUACUACAGGGAGGAAUUUUUAUUUCACCAAAACGUGUGUGUCCCUGAAAAUGGAAAAGAGAGUUUCACAUGCACUUGUACAAUAUAUCCCGAUUAUUUUGUAUCAGGCCUCACCUAUGUUCUAGCUUUACAGUUCAAUGGGACUGAUAUGUGGAAUUACAGUGUUACACCAGCCCUGGUUGUUAAGCCAAGGGCCCCCAGAAAUCUUGCCGUUGAGAAAGCUGAAAAUGGUAAUUUCAAUCUGAGCUGGGAGGAGAGCUAUACCCCUUCAUCCAUGCUCUCUGGACAGCCAGUCAUCUUUGAAAUAAAAUAUUGGAGCAAACAGCACCCAGGAGAGGUUUCUAUAAAAUCAAUUAACUACCAGGCAAAAAGCUUUGAAAUUACUGCAAGCUCCUUGCAGAGAGGCUAUGAUUACAUUGCAAGUGUACGGUGCAAGUAUACAGACUACCCAGCCUACUGGAGUGACUGGAGUGACAGAGUUGAAUUUCACUGUGAUUAUCAAGUAACAUCUGAAGACAUUCUGCAGAUGGCUGUUCCUAUAUCUUGCAUCCUGAUCAUGGCAGUAGCUGUAACUUGUUAUUUCUGUUUUACCAAAGUGAAGAAAGAAUGGUGGGAUCAAAUCCCAAAUCCAGCAAAGAGCCAUCUGGUCGUAAAAAAUGUCAAGCUUUCAGUCUUGUGCUACAUCGAUGAAAUUAAGUUCCCUUUCCAUGACAUAAAGCAGAGUCAUAUGGAAAAACAAAUAAUUUGCAAAACCUGUCUGUCUCAAAGUUUGUCAAGCCAAAAUUUCAAGGGAAAAGAUAACAUCAGAAACGCUGAGAAAUCUUGCAGUUGCCGUAGCAAGACUGGAGAGUGGUUUCCAAAAGGCAGUAGUGCAGUUUUAACCCCUGAGACAAUUCUCAUUGAAGAGUCUAUAGAAAUCUGUGAAUGUUUAACAGACAUCGAAGCUGAGAGCCAGGAAGAAACUCAUGACCAGAUCACCAUGUUUGAGUCUUGUGAGACCAGUGUCAGUGCUUUCAGGGAGCACAAUGAACACAACGAUGCACUAGCUAACAUGUUCAUUGAGCUCUUGGAAGAUGAAAACAACAUGAAAGAUGAUAAAGACCCAGAUGUCAUCACAAGAGAAAAUAAAACCUUUGAGAAACUUGAGUCAAAAAGUGAGUCUCAACGAAGUCCUACAGAAAGCACAGCCCAGAGUCAGCAGACAUACGGUAUUUUUCAUAGAGUUUCCCCUUUCACCAGAGCCUCUCAAGAUGGGUACAAUUGCAGUAUAACCAGCAAGAAGUCAGUAGAAUCAGAAGAAUCCUUUGAAUCUGGCUAUCAGAGCUCCAGCACAAAUUCUGCUUCUCUGGAUGCAAGAGAUUCUCCCCAUAUGCUUCAUCAAAGCCUUUUUCCGUGCAGUUCUGAAAGUCAGCGUAACUCAUCUGUCCUGAUGGAGGAAUCUCCAAAUAAACUAGCCUUUGUGACCAACAAAGACAGAAUAAGCAACCCUGCAUACAAGAGCUUUGACACCCUUGUGUCUCCAUCUGGGGAACCAAGUAAUUCUGCAUACAAGAGCUUUGACACCCUUGUGUCUCCACCUGGGGAGCCAAGUAGCUCUGCAUACAAGAGCUUUGACACCCUUGUGUCUCCACCUGGGGAGCCAAGUAGCUCUGCAUACAAGAGCUUUGAUACUCUUGUGCCCACAUUCAGGGAGCCAAGUAGCUCUGCAUACAAGAGCUUUGAUACCGUAAUGUCUCAGUCUAUGGCAAACAGUAGCUUGACCAUGCAUUUUGAAAAUGUGUGUUCCUCACUGCCUUUGACCCAGCUUUCAGAGACACCAGAGCUUUGCUGCAGAGAUCAAGUUUAUCGACCCCCUAGCAAUCAGUCAUGUUAUACCAACUGCAGAUCUCCCUGCAAUGAGCUUGAUUUUCAGAACACCUGUUCAGAACAUACUGAUUCUCCAUCUUUCUCCACACGUGCAAAUGAUGGAGUUUCAGCUUUCCUACCAGAGGAGGAAAUACAUAAGCAAGUAGCAUAUCAAAAUGUUCAAAAGACAGCCAACAUGCUUUCUUGUCCUGUUGGACCUCAACCAUCUGGUUAUCAACCUUUUGAUACUGCAGUUAAAUGUAAUGGUAUAUACUUUGACAAUGACAGUGAAAUUAUCUCUAAGUCAUUGUAUGAGCCCUUCAUUCAUGUGUUGUACAACAACCUGAGAGAAACACCGCCAGAUACCAUAAUCCAUGAAUCUGACCAGAAUAUAGAUGACCAUGUAUGUUUGAUUGUACAGGGCAAUUGUACAGAUUGUGGCAUUGUCCCAGGUGUAUCCUCUAGUGAGAAUAUCACACACAGUAGUGUGUGCUCUAACGAGCUGCCAAGUGAUAGCAAAGAUGAAAAUGCCAGCAGAGGCAAACAGCCGUUGCAUUUGUUAGAGGUGAACUGUCAAGAUUUUAACAACGGAGAAAGAACUCUAAAGGGAACAAGCUUUAAUGGCUAUAACUGUAAUGGUAAAGGAAUGCAAGAGGACAGCAGUAACAAGCUAAAUACUGUCCUGUGCCCCACACAUAACCAUUUGAGGAAGUUUGAAAAUGAAAGGGAAAAUAAUCAGGUAGGAAGCAGAAGGUGUGGCUCAACAGCUAAUUUGUCAGAAGAAUCACUAGGCAGCAUUGAGCUGAACUUAAAAUCUGCACAGCCACUGGGGCUCUUGGUCUCAGACAAGCUGUCAGCUCCUCUUUGUAUGGAUAACCACUGCCCUUCUGAUUUUCUCACUGUUAACACUGGGGGUUGUAGACUGGCACCUGCAGUUAAAAAAAGACCAGCAGAACUACUGAGGGAAAACAACAGGAAGAAUGAGAAAAGAAUUAAACUUUUACAUGCUCUUGCCCAAGAGGACAACUGUUACAUGAAGGUAGCCUAGUCAUAUUUGCCAAGAGAACCACACCAGCCUCUGGAAAUAAACUGUGUGGCAAAUUGAAAUGGUGCUUAUUCGUCCAAUUUUGCCUAAAGUGAGGGCUACUACAGUACAAACGUGGAUUCACUGGGUUGUAACACAUACUUGCUGCAAAGGUGGCAGCUGGUAUGUGAGGCAGGCCAUUGGGGGACAGCAGGGGCUGGCACCUAAUGUAGCUGCAGCUCUGUCAGGAAAGCACAGAACUGAAGUUUCUCUGGCUAUGAUCAUUUCUUGAAAGUGAGCAGGAGCUGCAUAAACUAGGAGUUCUUAUUUGGCACAGCUCCUGGGGUUGGUUACUGCUCAGGGUCUGUAUGUUGUUUGGGAAGCACAAAAGAUGAUAUGGAAGUUGCUGACCUGGAAGUGGGAAGUACGUGCAAGUCAAAGGGGAAGUGACUGCCUUGCAUUGGUGGAAUUGCAUACCUUCCGUUAUUUGUUUAUUGGAGGGGGUGCAGGGGGUGUUUCUGUGUUCCUGGCACCAGCAUGUGGUAUAUGUUUUUAUACUUCUUUAAUCAAGAUCUGAAAUAAAGAUUACUGUCAUUUGGGCUUAAGAAA